AUGGAAAUUGUUCUUAAUAGAGAUUCUAAACGUAAAACCCAAUCGACGCUAACCAUACGGGAAAGUGAAAGGGUUUAUGGUUCUGACUCGGUUAAUCUUGCAGCUCGGUUUCCAAGAAAUACAUUCUUUAGCCUGAAAAGAGUUCUCGGUCGUUCCUUUGAUGAUAAAUAUGCUAAUGAAUACCGAUCGAUUUAUCCAAACGAAAUGCUUCGCGAUCCUUCGCGAAAUACUAUCUCAUUUAAAGUAAAUAAUGACGUUUAUUCUGUUGAAGAACUUGUGGCAAUGCAACUUGCACACGCUAAAGAACAAGCUGAAGCUACAGCUCAAGAAUCUUUACGGGAUGCUAUAAUCACGGUUCCCCCUUUUUUUACUCAAUUCGAAAGACGAGCAAUUCUUGACGCAGCUGAUUUAGCUGGACUAAAUGUAAUUUCAUUAAUUCAUGAUGAAACUGCUGUUGCAAUUAAUUAUGCCAUUAGUCAUUUUUCAUCAUUCACAAAUGAGCCACAGUAUCAUAUUUUCUACGAUAUGGGUGCCGGCAGCACCGUAGCAAGUCUUAUUAGCUUCAAGACUGCAAAUGUAAAGGACGUGGGACGUUUCAACAAAACAAUAAUUCAAUUAGAAGUGAAUUCGGUUGGAUUUGAUAGAACUUUGGGUGGACAAGAAUUUGAUCUUCGUCUGCAAAAACAUUUAGCGAAUGAAUUCGAUAAAUUACAUAAAGGAAAAGUAAAAAAUUCGAUAUUUACGUCGGAACGUGCAAUGGUUAAAUUGCUUAAGGAGGCGAAUCGCGUAAAACAAAUUUUGAGUGCAAACACAGAAACACUUGCCUCGAUUGAAAAUUUGCAUGAAGAAUUUGAUUUUCGGUUACCCGUAACGAGAAAAGAACUCGAAAGUCUUUCAGAUGACCUUUUAAAACGUGUUAGUGCCCCCAUUAAUGAUGCGCUCAGUAAAACAAUAAUUUCUAAGGAUGAUAUCAAGUCAUUGGUGUUGGUUGGUGGCGGUGUACGUGUUCCUGCUGUUCAGGCAGUUCUAUCAUCUAUAUUGGGAGAGGAUAAAAUCGCCAAAAAUGUUAAUGGAGACGAGGCCGCGGCAUUGGGAGCUGUGUUUAGAGGUGCAGGAUUAAGUGGACAAUUCAAAGUCAAAGAAAUUAAAGUAAAAGAUCUUAUUAUUUAUCCUAUUGAUGUUGAAUACACUAUGGACCCUAAGGAGGCUGAAGAUGGGACAAUGAAAAGCAAAAAUUUCCGAACAAGUUUAUUUAACUCCUUAUCGCCAAUUGGUACCCGAAAAAUAAUGACAUUUAAACGUACCACUGAUUUUGAAUUCGGAUUAAAAUACGGACAACUUGUACAAGAGAUGGAUACUGAUUUUGGACCGAAAGACAUUGCGAUAGCUCAAGUCAAUGGGUUAUCUGAAGCAAUUGAGAGAUUCAAGGAUGUAAGUGUUGAGCGACCAAAAGUUAAGGUGACUAUUCAGUUAUCGGAUUCCGGCAUUUUAUCUGCUACUGACGCCAUCGCAACUAUUGCCACCGAACAAACUUCAUUAGCUGACAAAGUUAAAUCAUUUUUCGGAGUGAAUACAAAUACCACUGAAGAGUCAAUUAAAGAUGCACCUAUUCCUGAGGAAGCUAGGAAAAAUGAAGAUUCAUCGACUCCAUCGUCAUCAAUCAACAAUGAUGCUGCCAGCAACGAAACAGAGCCAACCGCUAAAGAAGCUAAGAUGGAAACAAUAAAAUUACGACUUGAUGUGCAAUAUCUCGGGAUCCCUCCCAUGAACGAGAAUGUAAAAAGAAAUGCCUUUGAUCGUUUAAGAAUGAUGGAUCGAUUUGAUUAUGAGAAACGUGUUCUUGAUGAAGCACGAAAUAAUUUAGAGUCUUUUGUCUAUCGUGCUCAAGAAUUUCUCAAUGAUGAAAACACUAUUAAAGUAACCACCAGCAAUGAACGAAGUUAUUUCCUGUCACAAUUAUCCGAGGUUUCCGAUUGGAUAUAUGAAGGUGGUGAACAUGCCUCAAUAAAUGAAUUUAAGGGAAAACUUGAUCAGUUGAAAUCGUUUGAAAAGCCGCUCGCUUUUCGUCGCGAAGAAUAUCUUCGACGUCCGGCAGCCGUCUCUUAUCUUCGAGACGCGAUAAUCGUUGCUCGGGAAUUUAUAAAAAACACCCGAACUAAUAUUUCUACAGACCAAGAGCUCGAGUCUUUAUCUAAGUUAUGCAAUCAAAUUGAAAAUUGGAUUAAUGAGGCUGUUAACAAACAAGAGCAAAUUCCACUCUAUGUUGACCCUGUAUUCCGUGUGAUAGAUGUAAAUAACAAAGCACAGGAAAUUUACAACGAAUUUCUGAGAUUGAUGAAUAAAAAUUCGUCUAAAAAAUCAAAGGCAGACACAACUACAUCAUCAGAGACAGCUACUACUACCACAGCAACUAUCAUACCCUCACAAACCAACAACAACAGAAGCACAAGAAUUCAUUAA